AUGACUUGACGUGCUGCAUGCUCUUGCACUCAUCAUUUCCCCCGGCCCGUUCACUCUAGUACUCUACCAUUACCAAACUCUCGCUAUCCCACCCGCAAACGGAGAUUUCAUUCCUACACGGUAAUAAAAGAGCAAUCAUUCGAAAGCGGAACAAAGGCAGCAUUGUCGAAACCGCUUCACCCAGUUUCCGACCCCGCCAAUUUCCAGGACGACGACUCGAUUGAGAGAGGGUCGGCAACUUCACGCCACACAACCCAAAACUCCGGCGUAGCCGUCGGCGUUUCCGACCGACGAUAUACAGAACCAACCAAAUCAAACACACAGAGCUGCAGAGCGGGACUCGACACCGACAUGACGACCCCCCAGCUGCUCUCCAGGAAGACGAAUGGCGUAGUAGGUGGUCAAUCCUCCGCCGAUACGCCGAAAGCUGCAAGGACGAAGGCGCCAGCACAGGGCGAGAAGGUCGUCAUCAGGCGUUUGCCACCGGCAAUGACCGAGGAGGAAUUCAUCACCAUCUUGGGAGACGAAUGGAGAGCCGGGCGAGGCAAGGUCGACUGGUUCUCGUACUGGCCCGGGAAAGUAUCGCAACAUCCGUCAAAACCAUCACAGCCCUCGCGCGCAUAUCUGCACGUGACUCGGAGAGACGAGUUGCCAGCGCUCGUGCAGCACGUGCAGUCGGCAACAUGGGAGGACGCCAAGGAGACCUACAAUGACGUCGCCCUGGUGGCGCCACCUACCAUCGAAUUUGCCGCGUACAAGAAGACGCCCGGCGAGAAGAAGCGCGUCGACGGGCGACAAGGCACCAUAGACCAAGAUCCAGAGUUUAUGGGAUUCCUCGAGGCCUUGGCGAACCCCGAUGCGCAGAAGGAGGCUCUGGAGGGUGAUCAAGCCGCGGAAGAACUCGGCAAGACGGAGAAGACCACAACAACACCAUUGGUCGAGUAUCUCAAAGAGAAGAAGGCGGCUAGGGCCAAGGAGGUGGCGGCUGCGAAAAGCGCAAAACAUGCGCGCCAGGACUCGCAAGGAACGAAGGGCAAGGCCACCGCUGCGCCAUCCGAAGAGCCCAAAAAGAGAUCUCGGGAUGGCAGGGCUGAGAAGGAGAAGGGGGCGGAAAAGGGGGCGGAGAGACCAAGAGAAUCUGUUAAGAUCCUCACCAAGAAAGCCGCCGCCGCUGCGGAAGCCGCUGCCGAGGCUGCAAAAGCCGUCGCUGCUCAGAUGAAACCGACGCCUUCAUCCGGCUCGCAGCCCGGUGGCCAGGAACCGCCGCCCAAGAGCCGUCGAGCGGGAAUAGCAGCUGCGGCGCGGAUUUUGCAACGUGAUCUAGGCCUUAGUCCGGGUAACGCACAUCGCAAAGCCCGGCAAGAAGCCGCCAAGGCAGAUUCGGAGGCAAAGACCGCGACUACGAAAGAGAAUACAAAACCAGGCCCGCAGGCCGCUCCCGAGCCCGCACCACCUCCUACUCCGACCGAGCCUUUGGCAUCGCCUGCUUCGUCAAAGACGCAACCGUCCACUUCAAACAGGUCUCGGAAUAGAAAGCGUGGUGCUGGUGAGGACGGCACAAAGGGUAAAGGGGAAUGCGGUGGCGGGAAAGCUGCGGAAACUCCGGCCCCAACACCAGCAAAGACGCCUAUCGCGGUGUUGAAAAGGAAGGAUUCCCAGCAAGCUUCGUCUCCACAACCCGCCGCAGCGCCUCCCCCCGCGGGACCUUCCAAGACAACACCAUCUUCUCAGGCGGCGACAGUAAAUCCUCCUUCGGGGCCCAAGUCUGCAUCCCAAAAACAAACCGGGGCUUCCAAAAAAGCCAAUGCCCCGGCUACACCAACCUCAGGCGCCACUCGCGCCUUCAUCAAGCACGCCAACCAUUCCCAGGGCGUCACCGACGCCCUGCUCAGGGAGAGCCUACAGGUAUUCGGCACCGUAACAAACGUAGAGAUGGACCGCAAGAAGGGGUUCGCCUACGUCGAUUUCGCCGAGCCCAGCGGCCUCGUCAAGGCCAUGGCUGCCAGUCCCGUGUCGGUUGCACAGGCCACAGUGCAGGUCCUGGAGCGGAAGGAGAUGGGCAAGAAGGGGCCGGGACCGGGUGCGGGAUCCGGCCCCGCCCAGGGGAAGAACAACCCCCCUUCAUCUGCCCCUGCGCCGCCUCCUGCCCCGGCUGCGACCAAGACCCAGGCCGCUCCGCCCGCAGAGCAGACUUCGGCGCCCGCGACCCCGGUUUCCACCGGACCCGCAACGGAGAAGGCGGGCGGGGAGCAUGGCAAGCGGGGAGGGAGGAGGCGCGGUGGGAGGGGGAGGGGGGACAAGGACGCCAAGGAGGGCGGCGCGAAAAAGGGUGAUGGAGGAGGGGGUGUGUCUACCGCGCCGCCGGCGACUGGUUGAGGGGAGGGGGGUGGUCGUGUCCCCCCCCGUUGGGAUCUACACUACGCACGGUGUGGGUUGGGACUUGUCAUGAACCGUGGGUUAGAACUUGUCAUGGUUUGACGCGUGAUUUUGCGUUUGCGGCAAUUAUUCGUCCAUCUGGAUGUAUGGAGAACGAGCGAUUUGAUUUGCGUGCGAGGGCACUCUCUCACUAGGUAGCUCACCAAGCUGAGCUAAUAAUACACCCUUCACUGAGUUGCCCGCCUCCCUUCAUCUUACAUAACAAGUGUGUUUCCACGCAUGGCCUGGGGUGUGAGGAAGUACCCGAGGAGACACCAGCUCCAACCUGAGGAGAGCACCU